GUGUACACAAAGGAGAAACUUGAAAGAACAUAUUAACAGCUGUAACAAUCUAACCCAACUCACUCCUGAAGAGGACUACAUACUUACCCCCAGGGUUUCUAGAGUGCUGUUAAAGCUGGCCCACUUAGUGUGUAGAAAUCAACAUGGGGGCAAAUAGCAGCAGUAUCAGUGAGCUUCAUAGCAAUGAAUACCUGAAGAAACUAUCAAGUACUGAGGUGAUCAGCCCUAAUGAUCCAUUCUGGAAUCAGCUUCUCUCAUUCUCCUUCAUAAUCCCCAUUAGCAGCCCUGACUGCCGGCUACUUGAAGAGUCAACAUCUGUCAUUUGUAAGACAUUCUCCACAAACAAUAUAAAGACUGGAAACCUUGCAUCUUUGGUCCAAGUGUUCUUGCUACGCUCUGCUGAACUUAAAGCCUCAGCACAAUGUGAAGACAACAUCUUUACUUGGCAGACCUAUAAUGCUUUGUUCAUAAUCCGGAACAUCUGUAAAUACUGCAUUGAGAAUCUAUCAGAGGAGGUCCUUCUUCAGCAAUUCAAAGACAAAUCAUCUCAACAUGAAAACAAGGAAGGUGACUCUAAAUGUGUAGAGGAGGGCUGUAUACUGGAUGACCUGUUCAACUCACUUUUUGAGCUCCUUGUGGAUGUAGAUGUCCUACCAUUUACAUAUGCCCUUCACCUGGAAUCUUUAAACACACUGCUUGUGCUGUUGUCCAUACAGAUGUUUCAACCCAGACCAGCCAGCUCAUCUCUGCUUUACAGACUCAUCAUGCAGGGAAAAUGCUCUAUCCACUCCUGCCUGCUGAUGCGCCACCUUUUACAGAAUGUCAUUGACCAAGUGAAGUGCCCUGCUGAACUAACCAAGGCAGCACAUCAAGCUGGUGGAGGAAUAUAUGGUCUAACAGCAGCAGUAGCCUCGGGUUUGUGGUCUGUUAUGACUUUGGGCAUGGCAAGUAAAUCAGCGGCACAGGAAGAAGUUGAAAGUGGAGCCCUGUUAGCCAAUCAGAGUCUGUUGUUCAUUCUAGUCUUAACCAAUCAUUGUACAAAUGAAAGAGGACUUUCAAAUCCUUAUCGAGAAUCCUUAUUCUCAUUUAUGAAUUCACAGAGCCAUGCACCUAAUACAAGCCCUAUACAAGCAACUGCAACAUUUAAAAUAGACUUUUCUAAAUUGUACAACACAUUGAGUGAAACCCUCCACGAUGACCAAACUACUCUUCUUCUGUACUUGCUUCUACACAGAAAUCCAAACAUGAAGUCUUUCAUCCUUACAAGAACAAAUCUGGAUAAAAUUGUAAUGCCAAUACUUAAGACAUUGUACCAUGCCCAGGAGAGGAACUCUCACCAUAUAUACAUGGCUCUCAUCAUUCUACUUGUUCUUAGUGAAGAUGACUUCUUUAACAAAGCUGUACAUGAGUUAGUAUUGAAGAACAUAAUGUGGUUCAAAGAGAGGAGUAUAUCUGAGAUCACCCUGGGUGGACUCCUUGUUCUGGUAGUCAUCAGGACCAUACAGUACAAUAUGACUAGGAUGAGGGACAAGUACCUACACACAAAUUGUUUAGCAGCUCUUGCCAACAUGUCAGCCCAGUUCCACAAUCUGCACCCAUAUGUCACACAACGAAUUGUUAGUCUGCUGGAGCAUCUCUCAAAGAAGCAUGCCAGACUUGUAGAGCAGAUCCGCCAGUCUGCAGUAGAUGGGGGUCCUACUGGGGCUGACAGUGGUUCAGACACUGACACUGAUUAUGUGCAAGAUCUAGCAGUAUUAGAAGAGGUCAUAAGAAUGGUGCUAGAAAUCAUCAACUCCUGCCUGUGUAAUUCUCUACACCACAACCCAAAUCUCAUCUAUACACUUAUGUACCAGAAAGACUUGUUUAUUCCUUUCCGCACACACCCAACUUUCCAGGAUAUCAUACAGAACAUUGACACUGUUCUAGCAUAUUUUUCCAACAAGAUUGAGCAACAUGACAAGAAUCUCUCUGUGCCAGAAGUACAAGAUAUCAUCCAACAGGGGGCUCAGCAGUUUAGGAAAGACAGGCUAAAGAAGUUUCCUGAGCUUAAAUUCAAAUAUGUGGAAGAAGAUCAACCAGAAGAGUUCUUCAUUCCAUAUGUUUGGUCGUUAGUGUACCAUUCCUCAAACCUUUACUUCAACCCUAGCAAGAUACAGCUGUUCUCCCUCAACACCUAGCACCAGAGACUAAUAGGGCACUGAGGCAAUAUGUCAUUCUUAGACAAUGUGAUUAUUUAAAGACCUCUAAGGGGUCAACUCUUUAAUAUCAGGGGCAAGAUGAUGGUGUUUUCAAAACAGUCAAAUGACAAAAGGAUCACUCCAAAUUUUAGAUUGAUAAAUAUAAAUGAAAACACCAGACUCAGAAACAGAGCUAAUUCUAUAGCUCAGUGGUUCAGUUUUUAUGUCACCACCACGAUCGGCGACAUGUUAUUAUUAUAGUCUCCAACUUUUUUGUAGAUGGUGUUCGGCAUUUGGCAGUUGUUGCCUAUUGUACAUGUUACUUUGUCACAAUACCACACCCUGUCUUCAAAUCUGUACAUAUGCAUUAUGUUUAAUAAUAUUGAAAGCUUUUUAUUCCACUUUUUCACAAUGUGAAGUGGUAUGAAUAACUCAAAGUUACAAAGUAACGUAAUGUUAUAAAUAUUAUUUGUAAAUUGUAUUGGAUUAAUUGUAUAUGUUAUUGGCCUCGGGCCUUGGGAUGUAUAUAUUAAGUAAUUUAUGAAGAAUUGUACAUAUCUGAAUGUACAUGUAUAUAUUUAAACUGAAUAAAAUAGUUCACAAAAUAUAUUUCA